AUGUCCAAUGCUUCCAGUUACAAAGAAACUCCCAAUCCAUCAAAUCAACAUGACGAAAUAAUACGAACAGAUCCAGACGACUGUAUGCCAUGUCGUGUAACAGGAGCUGCUGCGUUCAUCGGGCUCGGUACAUACAGCUACUUCUCUGGCCACUCCCAGUUGAAAGCACAGCAAGCAGCAAUACUUCGAAGUAAAAGCAUUUUCGGGAUUAAAAGUCGACAAGCUGGGAUAACAUCUAUUGCAUUGGCUCUGGUGGGCGCGGGAGUUUACAGACUGGUUAAUUGA